GUAACGUGGAUUUUGUGGAUAAAGGAACGUUUCUGGGAUAUUUAGGGGAAAGAUGGUACCUUUACGGCAAUUUGUUCAGAAUUUCAGACUUUUGUCUGGUUUUGGAACUGAUCACAGGGUUUUUUUGGAUGUUGUCAAAGCUUGUGCUUCAGUGUCUGAGCUCACAUCAGGGAGGGCUCUGCACGGUUGCGUGUUCAAGCUUGGUCAUAUAGCCUGCACUGAGGUCUCGAAGUCAGUUCUUAACAUGUAUGCGAAAUGCAGGAGAAUGGAUGAUUGCCAGAAGAUGUUUAGGCAAAUGGACAGUGUUGAUCCUGUUGUUUGGAAUAUUGUUCUGACUGGACUUUCUGUUUCUUGUGGUCGUGAAACGAUGAGGUUUUUCAAAGCAAUGCACUUUGCAGAUGAACCUAAGCCCAGCUCCGUUACCUUUGCGAUUGUUCUUCCUGUGUGUGUUCGCCUUGGGGAUUCAUACAAUGGGAAGAGUAUGCAUUCUUAUAUUAUUAAAACCGGUUUAGAGAAAGAUACACUUGUGGGGAAUGCUUUGGUUUCCAUGUAUGCCAAAUUUGGGUAUAUUAUUCCUGAUGCUUUUACUGCAUUUGAUGAUAUAGCUGACAAAGAUGUUGUCUCAUGGAAUGCGAUUAUUGCUGGGUUUUCUGAGAAUAAGAUGAUGGCUGAUGCAUUUAGAUCGUUUUGUCUAAUGCUGAAAGAACCUACAGAGCCAAAUUAUGCAACAAUUGCAAAUGUUUUGCCAGUUUGCGCUUCCAUGGGCAAGAACAUUGCAUAUCGAAGUGGUAGACAGAUUCACAGUUAUGUUGUGCAGAGAUCUUGGUUGCAAACCCAUGUUUUUGUAUGUAAUUCACUUGUGAGUUUCUAUUUGAGAGUCGGAAGAAUAGAAGAAGCAGCCUCAUUGUUUACGAGGAUGGGUUCCAAAGAUCUGGUUUCAUGGAACGUUGUCAUAGCCGGUUAUGCAUCAAAUCAUGAGUGGCUUAAAGCAUUGCAGUUAUUUCACAACUUGGUGCAAAAGGGGGAUGUUUCUCUUGAUUCAGUAACUAUUCUCAGCAUCCUUCCUGUCUGUGCGCAGUUAACUGACUUGACCUGUGGGAAAGAGAUCCACAGUUAUAUUUUGCGCCAUUCUUACCUUUUGGAGGAUACAUCAGUUGGUAACGCUCUCAUUAGUUUCUAUGCAAGAUUUGGUGACACGAGUGCAGCAUAUUGGGCCUUUUCACUGAUGUCCAUGAAGGAUAUAAUAUCUUGGAAUGCUAUACUUGAUGCCUUUGCAGACAGUCCAAAGCAGUUUCAAUUUUUGAAUCUCUUGCACCACUUAUUUAACGAAGCAAUCACUCUUGACUCUGUUACUAUUUUAAGCCUACUCAAGUUCUGCACAAAUGUACAGGGAAUUGGUAAAGUAAAAGAAGUUCAUGGGUACUCAGUUAAGGCUGGUCUUUUACACAAUGAAGAGGAACCCAAGCUUGGCAAUGCAUUGCUUGAUGCAUAUGCCAAAUGUGGUAAUGUUGAAUACGCUCAUAAGAUUUUUCAGGGUUUAUCAGAGAGGAGAACUUUGGUUACCUAUAACUCAUUGUUAUCAGGAUAUGUUAAUAGUGGAAGUCAUGAUGAUGCUCAGAUGCUGUUCAGUGAGAUGUCUACUACUGAUCUCACCACUUGGAGUUUGAUGGUUCGUAUCUAUGCUGAAAGUUGUUUCCCUAAUGAAGCCAUUGGUGUUUUCCGUGAGAUUCAAGCUCGAGGAAUGAGGCCUAACACUGUGACUAUCAUGAAUCUCCUUCCUGUUUGUGCGCAGCUAGCCUCUCUGCAUCUAGUAAGACAAUGUCAUGGAUAUAUUAUUAGAGGCGGACUUGGUGAUAUCCGCCUGAAGGGGACUCUACUAGAUGUAUAUGCUAAAUGUGGCAGCUUGAAGCAUGCAUAUUCUGUCUUCCAGUCAGAUGCUCAUAGAGAUCUGGUUAUGUUCACUGCUAUGGUAGCUGGGUAUGCUGUACAUGGUAGGGGUAAGGAAGCACUUAUGAUCUUCUCUCAUAUGAUUGACUCAAACAUAAAGCCCGAUCAUGUUUUCAUAACUACUCUGUUGACUGCAUGCUGUCAUGCGGGAUUAAUACAGGAUGGAUUGCAAAUAUAUGACUCAAUAAGGGCAGUUCACGGUAUGAAACCUACAAUGGAACAAUAUGCUUGUGCUGUAGAUCUACUUGCUCGAGGGGGUCGACUUGAUGAUGCAUAUUCUUUCGUCACACAGAUGCCAGUUGAACCCAAUGCAAAUAUAUGGGGAACACUGUUAAGGGCGUGUACAACCUAUAAUAGGAUGGAUCUGGGGCACUCAGUUGCAAAUCAUCUUUUGCAAGCUGAAUCUGACGACACUGGAAACCACGUUCUAAUAUCGAAUAUGUAUGCUGCAGAUGCUAAAUGGGAAGGCGUGAUGGAGUUGAGAAACCUAAUGAAGAAAAAGGAAAUGAAAAAGCCAGCAGGAUGUAGCUGGCUAGAAGUGGAUGGGCAAAGGAAUGUCUUUGUGUCUGGAGAUUGUUCUCACCCUCGUAGAGACAGUAUUUUUGACUUAGUCAAUGCCUUAUAUCUUCAGAUGAAAGAGCCUGUGCGUCUCUCUUUAAUGGCUUUCUCCUCUUCUUCGAUGUUUGUUGUACAACUAUCUGGUUCUGCUUUCUCCCCUUCUAUCAAGGACAAGUUAGAGAACAAUGAAGAAGGGGUGCCCACUGGACUUGUUAAAAGGUUGGUAUUACCAGAUUUAGAUGAUGGUGUCGUACCAGUGGGCUUAAAGCUUAGAGGAGGUUUGACAAUUUCAAGCUUUGGCCUCAUACAUUGCCUUCUCUCAUGGAGCUUUGAAGUCGGCCUCUUUUGUAUGGCGGUUUUUAUCACUGUUGCUUCUGGUGUUGCUGCUGCAGCGUUGUUCUCUGAUGGACCUGUCAAGCGCUGCACAAUUUCUCUGAAAGUGUUGGUGUCAGUUUGGACAAAUGUAGUGACAGGCUUGCAGGUUGCAACGUUCUGACUCCCUUUGUUAUUCAUAUGUAAGUCCUUCUCUGACAAAACAGGCUUUGAUUUACACCUUUUUUUGGCCUCUGACCUGCAACAAAACUACCGUUUGUUC